CAAAAAUUUUGACCGUCAAAGAUGUACAGUAGGUGGAAAUUUUUUGUUGACAAUUUGGCGUCCCUCAACUGCUGGUAAAAUGUGUGUCUCUAGAUACAGGCGACAUUCCUGCAGAGAUAAAACCGCGGGCCCCCUUGCCCCACCCUCGCUGUCUCUCCACCCACCAAGCUUGAAAUGUGUGCGCCCGUACGGGUGUGUGUGCCCGUGUUUACGUCGGACGGGGGUCUGUGUGCCCUGCACGGUGGCACUUGCGGGGGGCAAUUGGAAGUACAUCUUUCAAUUUGGGAGAAACCGAACAUAAGACAGACAGUGGAGGGCCAACAGGCAUGCCAGUCAAGACCAUCACGUUCGGAGCAGACGCUGGCAACAGUUUUCUCCGAGCAGCUCGUUCUGGCAACCUGGACAAGGCUCUGGAACAUAUUAAGAAUGGCAUUGAUAUAAAUACAGCCAAUCAGAAUGGGCUCAAUGGGCUUCAUCUGGCCUCGAAAGAAGGCCAUGUCAAAAUGGUGCUUGAAUUACUUCACAAUGGAAUUGUACUGGAAACCACGACUAAGAAAGGAAACACGGCCCUGCAUAUUGCAGCCCUGGCAGGGCAGGAACAGGUGGUCACAGAGCUGGUUAACUACGGGGCCAACGUUAACGCUCAGUCCCAGAAGGGUUUCACUCCACUCUACAUGGCUGCACAAGAAAACCAUCUAGAGGUUGUGAAGUUUCUUCUGGAGAACGGGGCUAAUCAGAGCAUUCCGACUGAGGAUGGGUUCACUCCACUGGCUGUGGCUUUACAGCAGGGCCAUGAAAAUAUUGUAGCCCUGCUCAUCAACUACGGCACCAAGGGGAAGGUCCGUCUCCCUGCACUUCACAUUGCGGCGCGCAAUGACGAUACACGCACAGCUGCAGUGCUUUUGCAAAAUGACCCGAACCCAGAUGUGCUCAGCAAGACUGGAUUCACACCACUCCACAUUGCGGCACACUAUGAAAACUUGAACGUUGCUCAACUUCUUCUCAACAGAGGAGCCAAUGUCAAUUUCACCCCAAAGAACGGCAUCACACCUCUACACAUCGCAUCCAGACGGGGGAAUGUGAUCAUGGUCCGACUCCUCCUGGACAGAGGGGCACAAAUCGAUGCCAAAACUAAGGAUGAGCUCACUCCUCUGCACUGUGCAGCCAGAAAUGGUCACGUCAGAAUAAUAGAAAUUCUUCUUGACAAUGGCGCCCCCAUUCAGGCCAAAACCAAGAACGGCCUGUCUCCAAUCCACAUGUCAGCACAAGGGGACCAUGUGGACUGUGUCAAGCAGCUGCUUCAGUAUAAUGCAGACAUUGAUGACAUCACGUUGGACCACCUGACACCUCUGCACGUGGCUGCGCACUGUGGACACCACAGAAUGGCUAAAGUUCUGUUAGACAAGGGUGCCAAACCCAACUCUAGAGCACUGAAUGGCUUUACUCCCUUGCAUAUUGCUUGUAAAAAGAAUCAUAUGCGUGUGAUGGAUCUGUUGCUCAAACACGCAGCAUCUUUAGAGGCUGUGACUGAGUCUGGCUUGACACCCUUACAUGUGGCAUCUUUCAUGGGUCACCUCAACAUUGUGAAGAUCCUGCUGCAGAAAGGAGCUUCUCCCAGCGCUUCAAAUGUGAAAGUUGAAACCCCCCUCCAUAUGGCAUCUCGGGCAGGACACUUUGAGGUGGCAGAGUUUCUACUACAGAAUGCAGCACCAGUGGAUGCAAAAGCCAAGGAUGACCAAACACCCCUGCAUUGUGCUGCUCGAAUGGGCCACAAGCAGAUAGUGAAACUGCUGUUAGAGCACAAAGCCAAACCAAACUCCACAACCACAGCAGGGCACACGCCUCUUCACAUCGCUGCCCGGGAGGGCCAUGCUCAAACCGUGCGCAUCCUUUUAGACAUGGAAGCACAGCAAACUAAGAUGACUAAGAAAGGCUUCACUCCGCUUCAUGUGGCAUCCAAGUACGGUAAAGUCGAUGUUGCUGAGCUGUUGCUGGAGCGAGGAGCUAACCCCAAUGCUGCUGGCAAGAAUGGUCUGACUCCACUGCAUGUCGCUGUGCAUCACAACAACCUGGAUGUUGUCAACCUGCUCGUCAGCAAAGGCGGGUCCCCACACAGUGCCGCCAGGAAUGGCUACACAGCACUGCACAUUGCGUCCAAGCAGAAUCAAAUCGAGGUGGCAAACAGCCUGUUGCAGAGUGGAGCGUCAGCCAAUGCCGAGUCUCUACAGGGAGUCACACCUCUCCACCUGGCCUCACAGGAAGGACGGCCCGACAUGGUCUCUCUGCUCAUUUCCAAGCAGGCAAAUGUCAACCUUGGCAACAAGAGUGGACUGACACCACUCCAUCUUGUAGCACAGGAGGGACACGUUGGCAUUGCGGACAUCUUAGUGAAGCAAGGAGCGUCAGUCUAUGCAGCCACACGGAUGGGCUACACACCUCUCCAUGUAGCGUGUCACUAUGGCAACAUCAAGAUGGUCAAGUUUCUGCUGCAACAACAGGCCAACGUCAACAGUAAAACACGGCUUGGUUACACUCCACUGCACCAGGCCGCCCAGCAAGGACACACAGACAUUGUGACGCUGCUACUGAAGCACGGAGCUCAGCCUAACGAGACGACAACGAAUGGGACAUCAGCACUCGCCAUCGCCAAGAGACUGGGCUACAUCUCUGUGAUUGACGUGCUCAAGCUUGUGACUGAGGAGACGGUUUCCAUGACAACUACAGAGAAACACCGUAUGAGUUUCCCAGAAACAGUGGAUGAGAUACUGGAUGUGUCUGAGGAUGAAGGACUUGCCCAGCUAACCUUAGGAGAGGAGCUCCUGGGGACAGAAGGUGCCAGGUACAUGAAGAUGGAUGACAUGAAAGACCAUGAUGACGAUUUCCUCUCCCCCAAGAAAUCACUGGAGUACGAGAGAGGGCUGGGCACAGCAAAUUACUCUCCAGCCAUUCCAAGGAUUCCGCGGGUUUCUCCCGAGACCGUCAUGCUGAAGGAACACGAGUUAGAUCAGCACACUCCCCUUCCACUGCCAAAAGAGUAUGACGAAGACUCUCUAAUCCCCAGCAGCCCGGCAACGGAAACAUCAGACAAUGUCAGCCCAGUCGCCAGCCCCAUACACACAGGGUUUCUGGUCAGUUUUAUGGUGGAUGCACGUGGCGGCUCAAUGCGAGGUAGUAGGCACAACGGGCUGCGUGUCAUCAUCCCCCCAAGGACCUGCGCGGCUCCCACCCGCAUCACUUGUCGUCUGGUGAAGCCACAGAAGCUUACGAGCCCCCCUCCACUUGUGGAGGGAGAGGGGCUGGCUAGCAGAAUUAUCUCUCUGGGUCCUGCUGGAAUGCAGUUUCUAGGACCAGUGAUUGUGGAGAUCCCUCAUUUUGCCGCCCUGGGUCGUGGCGACCGCGAGCUUGUGGUGCUCCGGAGUGAGAAUGGAUCUGUGUGGAAAGAACACCGCAAUCGCUACGGUGACGAAGUUCUCGAGACCAUCCUUAACGGGAUGGACGAGGACUUGGAAAGUCAGGAGGAACUAGGGAAGAAGAGAAUUCGCCGCAUCAUUUCAACUGACUUCCCUCUAUAUUUUGCCGUGGUGUCGCGGGUCCAGCAAGAGAGCGACCUGAUUGGCCCCGAAGGAGGGUCGUUGACGAGCAAGCUGGUGCCGCUUGUUCAGGCCUCGUUUCCCGAGACGGCGGUCACCAAGCGAGUCCGUCUGGGGCUGCAGGCGCAGCCCGUUCCAGAUGAGUUGGUUGCCAAGUUGCUAGGUAACCAAGCCAACUUUAGCCCCGUGGUGACGGUGGAGCCUCGGCGACGGAAGUUCCACCGGCCCAUCGGCCUCCGCAUCCCCCUACCCCCAUCCUGGCGGGAGAGUCCCCGAGACUCCGGGGAGGGAGACACCACAAGUCUACGCCUGCUCUGCUCUGUUAUAGGUGGUACAGCUGCAGCCCAGUGGGAGGACAUCACUGGUACUACUAAACUUAUCUACGCGAAUGAAUGUGCCAGUUUUACAACCAAUGUGUCUGCACGGUUCUGGCUCGCAGACUGUCCUCGUACAGCAGAGUCGGUCUCCUUCGCCAACCUGCUCUACAAAGAGCUGUCAGCUGUACCUUACAUGGCAAAGUUUGUGGUUUUCGCCAAGAUGAAUGAGUUGCGUGAAGGCCGCCUGCGCUGUUACUGCAUGACUGAUGAUAAGAUGGAUAAAACACUGGAGCAGCAUGAAAACUUUACAGAAGUAGCCAGGAGCAGGGAUAUUGAGGUGAUGGAAGGAAUGCCGCUCCACUUGGAAUGUUCUGGGAAUCUCGUCCCGGUGCGGAAGGCCGCUCAACAGCCUCGCUGCUUCAGCUUCCAGGCCUUUCGAGACAACAGACUUCCUGUUUCUGUUAAGGUGAGAGAUAGCAGCAAAGAGCACACUGGCUUCCUGUCUUUCCUCCGCAAGACCACCAAGUAUGAAGACAGCCAACAUGUGCUGUGUAACCUCAACAUUACUAUGCCUCCAUGUAUCAAGAUUAUUGGAAGUGAAGACCGCAGAAGAACUUUAACCCCGCUGGCUCUAAGAGAAAGAUACAGUGCCCUAAAUGAACCUGCUAUGGCAUCAUUGAGCGCCAUGGAGAGAACUGAACUAAAAAUGGCUGUGAUAGCCGAACAGUUGGGACUGAGCUGGGCUGAGUUGGCCCGUGAGCUUCAGCUGAGUGUGGAUGACAUCAAUAAAAUCCGUGUGGAGAAUCCCAACUCCCUACUGGAGCAGAGUUCUGCACUACUCAACUUGUGGGCAACACGUGAGGGCAAAAGAGCAAAAAUGGAGACCUUGUACGUGGCCCUUAAGAGCAUUGACCGCAUGGACAUAGUCACGAUGCUAGAGGGUCAACCAGCACAGCCUCCCAGGCAAGGCUCUCGUCAACUCAGCAAACGACAUAACGAAAGAGAGCACCUCUCUCCUGCUAUGACCAAUGGUUAUGGGCUGGCGCCUGAUGAGCUUCUGUCCCCGGCCUCCAUGCAGUACAGCCUGCCCUCGCCUCUGGGUGCUGAGCCGUACUGGCAGGAGGUUUCCAGCCUGGACUGUGCGCCCAUUGCAACCACGGAGGAGGACACCCUCAUGGAGAUGUCCGACGUGCAGGUGUGGCCCUGCGGUAACUCCCCCUCCCUGGUGCCCGUGGAGGAUUCCUCGCUGGAGUGUAGUAAUGCCGACGACUCCGAGGGUCUGCUCGGGUUGCCCUUUGGAAGUCUGGGGCGGCCGGCCAGUCGGGCCAGCGGAGGGGGUGUCCCGCUGAGCGGCUCAAUCGAACCAGAAGAUGAUUCAGAGAUGGGCAUCGACUCUCUUAGCACUGCUACGCCAGCUUCGCUCGGCGGCACCAUUGCUGGUAUCAAUCUUAACGGACUGAACAAUGGUCAGGGGUCAGAGGCAAGUUCGGAGUUAUCAGCCGUCACUAGUACGACUGGUGGCGAUGGAGGAGGAGGAGGAGGGACUCAGGGCUCAGAGGAAGGCCUUUCUCUUGUUACAGGACAGCAAAGGGUAUAUGCCCGACUCAGUGAGUCACCUGGUCUCACCUGUGUUGCAGAUCGGAAUGGCGACAGGUCAUCAAAUGGAGGGAAUGGAGGCAGCUCGUUCAUUUCAUACAUGCAGGAACAGACAGGUCCAGGGUGGAUGCCAGUCCCGGACCCACAGGCUUGGGUAGCCAACCAGCCCAAAACUAGACAGGUCAUCGACACCAUGAUAUCUUCAUGCUGCAACUCUAUGGACGGCGAUCAGUCCCAUUUGUCUCAGGAGGCUUUGCUACAGCCUGCAAGAGACCUGCACGGCAACUCGGAAAUUCUACGAGGGCACUUCCGGGGUGCCCAGCCGUUCGACAAGGGUUUGGGCUUCUCACACAGGGCAACGGAGCUAAGAGGCUGGGAUGAUAUGCGCUUCAAAGGACAGGGGGAUGAGGCUGAAGAUCUUCCCGGGGAACAGGUCAGCGAGGAGCAGUUUACAGAUGAGCAUGGAAACAUCAUCACUAAAAAGAUUGUGCGAAAGGUCGUGCGCCGAGGAAAGGGAGAAGACGGCGUUCAGGACGUGAGCGUGGACGGUUCUCUGCAGGAUGCCAAUGAGCUGGAGGUGGACGCCGAGCAGUUCAUGAGCUACGCCAUCCUAGGCCGGGAAAGCAGCAAGCCCGAUACUGUGGAUACUGUGAAGAAAGGUGCUCAGAUAGUGAAAUGUGCCAGCCUGCGAAGAGUUAAGCAGUGAGGCAGGCUGAGCGCUGCUUUUCUUGCAGAGUUCUCUGCAGGAGUCGAGCCCAUCCCCCAAAACCUCCUACAUGGACACAUGACCAUCAGCAGUUGACACAAACUGAAGAACACUCACAGGAAAAACAUAAAAGGCAGACAAAGGAAAUGAAUGGCACCAAUUCACUGCUGUCGCACAUACUGGAAGGAUUAAUUGUGGUUUUUAUCAACUUUUUUUUCUAUUUAAAAAGAAAAACAAACAAAAACCUUUAAAAAAGGACAAAUAAUCAACCACUAAACUAGAAGCAUGAUUUCCUAUAAAACAAAACUGACAAAAAAGUAGCACCCAAAACAUGCUUCCUGUUGUGUAUGUCAGCAUGAGCGACUGCCGCCGCAUGGCCUGUCUUAAACUACAAAUCCCAAAGGUGGGUGGGCUUGCAAUGUGGACUAUGUAUUUGGGAAAUAGUUUCUAGAAAUUAAGAAGUAUUAAUUCAACUUCCGAUAAAUUGGGAGCAAAAACAGCACGAGUAGAGUAUGAGGUUGACCGACAGCCUCAUCUUCUGCAUAGAGCAUCACUACAAAUUGGAACCGAAUAGUGCUACAUCCAGAGGUGGGUAGUACCGCGUUACAUUUACUACGUUACAUUUAAUUACAUUUGAAUUGAUUUGGGAAGGAGAAACGAUAAUCACAUGACUCCAUUAUGCCAAUCAAACUCAAGAUUGCCGUUCUAUGAUCACGUGGCGUCUUUAAAGGAUCGUAAAAACUUAAGUAUUUGACAUAGAGCGCUGCCCUCAACAUGACUCGAAAGCAUGGAUUUUAACCUCUCUCCCAGUUUUUAUUUGGCACAGAUUGACUACGGAAAACCGGAGAUUCAGUAUGAAUCUUUUAAUUUUAUAAUUGGAACUAUGAAGGAAGUAUUUAUCAAUCUGCAGAACCCCUACCUGGUGCGCACAAAAAACUAUCUGGUGCGCAUCAGAUUGUUUGUAGCGCCGACACAUAUUUAUUGGUGCGCACCAGAUUUUGUUUUUGGUGCAUACCACCUACUAUCUGGCACGCACCAGAUAGUUUGUGCUGCGCACCAUAGUUUAAAGUGUGCACCAAAUACUAUGUGGUGCGUACUAUAUGGUUUCUGGUGCGCACCAUAAAAUUUCUGAUACGCACUAUAGUUUCUAGUGUGCACCGAAUACUAUCUGGUGCGUAUCGGAUGGUUUCAAGUGCGCACCGGGUAAUUUCUAGGACGCACCAAAUACUAUCCAGUGCGCACCAGAUAGUUUCUAGUGUGUACCACAUACUAUCUGGCACGCACCAGAUAGUGUCUUGUGCGCACAACAUACUAUCUGGUGCACACCAGAUAGUUUGUGGUGCGCACCAUAGUUUUAAGUGUGCACCAAAUACUAUGUGGUGCAUACUAUAUGGUUUCUGGUGCGCACCAUAAAAUUUCUGAUACGCACUAUAGUUUUUAGUGUGCACCGAAUACUAUCUGGUGCGUAUCGGAUGGUUUCUAGUGCGCACCGGAUAAUUUCUAGGACGCACCAAAUACUAUCCAGUGCGCACCAGAUAGUUUCUAGUGUGUACCACAUACUAUCUGGCACGCACCAGAUAGUGUCUUGUGCGCACAACAUACUAUCUGGUGCACACCAAAAGUUUGUGGUGCGCACCAUAGUUUUCAGUGUGCACCAAAUACUAUGUGGUGCAUACUAUAUGGUUUCUGGUGCGCACCAUAAAAUUUCUGAUACGCACUAUAGUUUUUAGUGUGCACCGAAUACUAUCUGGUGCGUAUCGGAUGGUUUCUAGUGCGCACCGGAUAAUUUCUAGGACGCACCAAAUACUAUCCAGUGCGCACCAGAUAGUUUCUAGUGUGUACCACAUACUAUCUGGCACGCACCAGAUAGUGUCUUGUGCGCACAACAUACUAUCUGGUGCACACCAGAUAGUUUGUGGUGCGCACCAUAGUUUUAAGUGUGCACCAAAUACUAUGUGGUGCGUACUAUAUGGUUUCUGGUGCGCACCAUAGUUUUUAGUGUGCACUGAAUACUAUCUGGUGCGUAUCGGAUGGUUUCUAGUGCUCACCGGAUAAUUUCUAGGACGCACCACAUACUAUCUGGUGCGUAUCAUAUGGUUUCUAGUGCGCACCAGAUCAUAGUUUUUUGUGUGCACCAAAUGCUAUCUGGUAAGAUAGUUUCUGGUGCUCACCAGAUUGUUUUUAGUGUGGACCACAAAUACUUUUGGUGCGCAUUAGAGUGUUUCACAACAUACUAUCUGGUGUGGACCAGAUUGUUUCUAGUGCGCACCGGAUAAUUUCUAGUAAGCACCACCACAUACGAUCCAGUGCGCACCAAAUAGUUUCACGUGUGCACCACAUACUAUCUGGUGCGUACUAUAUGGUUUCUGGUGCGCACCAUAUAGUUAGUAUGCACCAUAUACUAUCUAGUGCGUACCAGAUGGUUUCUGGUGUGCACCUGAUUGUUUCUAGUGUCCACCACAUAUUUUUUGCUGCGCACCAGAUUGUUUUUAGUGGCACAACAUACUACCUGGUGCUCACCAGAUUGUUUCUAGUGUGCAGCCGAUAAUUUCUAAUGUGCACCGUAUACUAUCCGGUGCACACCAUAUAGUUUUUAGUGUGCACCUCAUACUAUUUGGUGCGCACCAGAUAGUUUCGAGCACGCACAACAUACUAUCUGUUGCGCACUACAAAUUAUGUGGUGCCCCCCAUAUACUAUUCAGUGUGCACCAGAUAGUUUCUAGUGUGCACCACUUUCUAUCUGGUGCGUACUAUAUGGUUUCUGGUGUGCACCAUAUAGUUAGUAUGCACCAUAUGCUAUCUGUUGCGUACCAGAUGGGUUCUGGUGCGCACCAAAUUCUAUCUGGCGCGUACCAGAUGGUUUCUGGUGCGCACUAAAUUCUAUCUGGCGCGGCCCAGAUGGUUUCUAGUGCGCACCAGAUUGUUUCUAGUGUGCACCACAUUUUUUUUUGCUUCGCACCAGAUUGCUUUUAGUCUGCACCACAUACUAUCUGGCACACACCAGAUAGUUUCUAGUGUAAACCACCUACUUUUUGGUGCACACCAGAUUGUUUCUUGUGCGUACCCUAUACUAUCUGGCAUGCACCAAUAGUUUCUGGUGCGCACAACAUACUAUCUGGUGUGCACCACAUUGUUUCUAGUGCGCACAACAUACUAUUUAGUGCACACCAGAUAGUUUCUAGUGCACACCAGAUUGUUUAAAUUUAUUUUAUUUCUGUUGAUGUCCCUUUAGGUGCUCCGUACCAUUCAACGAUUCAAAUUUGCACGAACAAUGCUUCAGUUCUGCAGAUUCUUUUUCUCUUUCCGGAAUUCAAUUUUUGUUGUUGUAUUUGUUUGGCUAAAUGUGGUUAUGUAAUAGGUUAUAGUACAUUAUAAUAACAACAGUUCAUAUAGAUAACUUAAAAUCAAACAUAGCAAUUACUCAUAAUGUUACUCAUUACUUGAGUAUUCUUUUCACCAAAUACUUUUUACUUGUACUUUAGUACAUUUAUUAUUUUGAAAUAACACUACUCUUACUUGAGUAAAAUUUUUUGGCUACUCUACCCACCUCUGGCUCCAACUUCACCUAAGAUAUAUGUAUGUGUCUUGUACAUAUUAUUGUAUGCACUAAACUGCAGUGUUCCGUUGUCGUUCGGCCGCUCUAGUAUCCCUCCCACUUCUACCACUCAAUCUGAAACUAUACUAUAUUUGUAUCUAUAUUGUUAUGUGGACAACAUACAAAUGUGACCUACCUUUUCCCAUACUCUCCAUGUGCUUCCCCCCCUCUGACAUGUUGUCAAUCACAUCCUGUUAUAGCCUGUGCUGUGUUUGGACGUAUCGAACGCCCUUUGUGACUUUUCGCAAUAAGACAUGGUACUAUAAUUUGCGUCCCAUUUUCCUUGGGUUCAUUUGCUUCCUUUUAUGACCCUAAACAAUGUAGCAGUCCUGUCACCCUCAUCGAUGAGGCUAAAAGGUGAGGGUCACAGAUGUGUUGAGCUCUCACGUAAGUCUCCUUGGCCAUUUGUGGACGUGUAGCAGAGUUGGCCAGCAAUCACUGUGAAGAGAGUCUGACCCACUACUGUGAGCCCACCCUGACUCAAGCAUGUUGAGUUGCUGAGGGGAAGCAAUAAGUGCAGUAAUAAAAGGACAUGGAGAGGGUAUCAUGCGGGGGGUCACAGUUAUGCUUUCAGUCCGUUAGCCGUAGCUUUACUUCAUUCAGAAAUGAUGUCAAUACAUUAGAAUUGCACAUUUAGUCACUUUGCCUGUUUGAAAACAAUAUUUAAAGAGGCCCUUUGUUUUAUAUUACAAUCAAAAUGUCACCAUGCUGAUCAGUGUUUAUUUUGCUGUAAAAGACUACUCCCAUGAUUGAUUUACAUCGGUAAAUCUAAUCUCAUAUUAUUUUCUGUGAGGCAUUUUUUUCUCUGGUCGUUUCCACUAUGGGUUUUUAGUCUCACAAAAAUGUUGCAAUAAACACGGAUCAAUUAUGUGUUUGUUUUUAGCAGCCACAGAUGAAUGUAAAGUCUCUGUAAUACUGUAAUUGAUAUGUGUUGUAUUGACUCUUUACUAUAGCAGAUGAUGUAUACUGUACACUGUAUUUGCUGUUGAUCAUCACCAUUGCAAAUGUUAACCAUCUAUUAUAUUUUCUAUUUUAAUAUUUUCAAUACACCAAUGAGGUAAAGAAAAAAGAGAUAUGCUUUGCAGGUAGUCCCCAGGUUAUGACGUACUCGAUUUAAGCAAUUUCGACUUUACAAAGCCGAAGUCUCGUCCGCUUUUUUUUUUUUUUUUUGUCGCACAAACAGUACCUAAUUGUACCUGACAGUAUCUUUUUUUUUUUUUUUUUUACUUUAUUUUAUGACUUGUUCUGUCCUCCAUAAACGUGAAGUUGUUCAGCUUGACAGACAGCAAGCAAAGCAAUUGUGCUUUUUGAAGCUUUGGACUUCUUUCACUUUUGACAAUUUGUAAAGCUGCAACACACAUAGGCGAUGUACACUUAUAUUCAAAACGACACACAUUUUAAAAAUCAAACACUCAAAACAAUGUAAUUGGUGUUUAAACGUCUGUCUAGUCUGAUUAAUAUGUAAAUUGAGUAGAUUAAAUUAUCCUAAAUUGCAUCACAAAAGUCCGCUAGCUUGAAUGCUAAAAAUGCUAACGUGUUUAGAAUACUCAUAGCAAAUCGCUCACACGUAACUCCACAAACUGUAGCUCUAAAUUUUAUUUAGUAAAUGUACAGUAGUACCUCGACAUACGAUCGCUUCGACACACAAUCUUUUCGACAUCCGACCAUAAGCGGAGUUUAAGGGGGAGCCAGCCCCCCCGUUGGCCGAAAAGUGUCAAUUUAUUUAAUUGACUUUUUUAUAUAUAUAAAAGUUGUAAAACAAUAAAGCAAAGAACAAAAAUGAAUGAAAUGAACAAAAAAAAAAGAUGUUUUUAUAAUGGGUCAAAAUCAUUUUUUUAAACAGAUCAUGUGACUAGCACCUUAGACGGCCAUUUGCUUUGCAUAUUAUUUAUUUUAUAUUUGUUUGAAAUUUUUUUUGGUUUUUUUUGUUUGAAGCAACAUUUUGGGGGAUUCAAUGAUUUAGACAAAAAUAUCCUACCCAUAAUAUAGCCCAAACACAAAAAGGAUUGCUAAAAUCAAAGAAAACAUUUUAAAUUAAAAAUUAAGUGUUCGAAUGCAAAUAUUUGAGACUCAAAUACUUUUUCUAUGAUUAAAAUUUUUCUUUUUUUGAAGUAAUUUUUCGUUUGAAAAUAUGUUUUUUUGUUUGAAGCGACUUAUUUUUUGAUUGAAUAAUAAAGACACAAAUGUCCUAGCCAAAACGUGGCCCAAACGCAAAACAUUACUUACAUCAAAAAAGUUGCUUCAAUGGAAAAAAAAAUGACUUCAAUCAAUAAAAAAAAAUAAUCAAAGAAAAAUAGCUUUCAAAUGCAUUUUUUAAAUUUUAUUUUUGCUUUCAACCUAGGGCUGUCAAACGAUUAAAAUUUUUAAUCGAGUUAAUUACAGCUUAAAAAUUAAUUAAUCGUAAUUAAUCGCAAUUAAUCGCAAUUCAAACCAUCGAUAAAAUAUGCCAUAUUUUUCUGUAAAUUAUAUAUAUAUUCUGUAAAAUAAAUUGUUGGAAUGGAAAGAUAAGACACAAGAUGGAUAUAUGCAUUCAACAUAUGGUACAUGAGGACUGUAGUGGGCAUUUCACUCUACUGUCAUUUAAAACUGCCAAUGCUGUCCUAACUCCGAAGCGUCUACUUUUUCCAAAACUACUUAUUCCUUUUUCAUUUGAUUUAUUAAUAAAAUAGCCUCAAACCAUUGUCCUCUUUAGACCGUCGUAAAACUACAAAAAAAAGUACACAAGCAUUGCAUUAGCAACAACGUUAGCUUAGCACGCUAUACAGGUUCACUAAACAUAAACAAAAAGUGUCUCAUACAAAAAAUAUAACAUUUCGCUUACUAACAUGAUAUGUACAUUCUUUACAACAACCAUACUUAUGGACAAAUCUUGUCCAAGGAUCAUAUAAGCACAACAUUACAAUGUAGGCGUCAGCCCGAGACGUCGUGCAGCCAUAUUGAACUGGCAAGAAAACAGUAAACCAUGUCGCAAAGCGACCACAAGAGUUCGCUGUUAGACAGCACAAAAAGCCUUGCUGUAAAACUUACCAAAAUGCAGAAUACUGUCCGAGUGGGACGUGUGCGUUAAUUGCGUCAAAUAUUUUAACGUGAUUAAUUUAAAAAAUUAAUUACCGCGCGUUAACGCGAUAAUUUUGACAGCUCUAAUUCAAACACAUUUUUUGAUCGAAUAAUGAAGACACAAAUCUACCUCCAUUUGGCUCCGCCCAGGGGAUACAAUUUUUGACCGGGGUAACUACAUUGGCACGACACCAGCGGCCGUACCAUAUUCAAUGGAUGAUGAUUUUGCCGAAAAGUAUAGUUGUCCUAAGCAGCCUAAUUUAGAAUUCCCCAAGAAUGAUGGGAAACAAAAAACACUCAUUUUCAACUUAUUAUUUUCAAUAUUCUUGGAUGGUAAUUUUAUUGCUGACACUGCAUUUUAGGGUCAUCAACAUGUUGUGUCCCCUCCGGCCCAAAAGUCAAACUCCGCCUAUGCAUCCGACGUAAAAUUUGACUCGUCAUUUGUUUCAACAUCCGACGACAUGCACGAAAUACGACGACAAGACAGCACCUGAGACGAACGCGCGGCGGAUUUUUUUGUGAGAGAAAUCAACACAGGUUUCAAAAAGAUUGAAACAGGUGGUGAUACAAGGAAAAAGGUGACUCUUACCACUGAAAUGAUGAUGCAAAUUAUAGAAAAAUAUAAGCGUGGGGUUAGCAUAUCGUGAACUGGCUCAGCAAUUUAUCUCCACGGUCCUCCUCCGACCACCGUUCACCAGUCUUUAUAAGUUAAGGUGACAAUUAUUAUUGUGGUAACAUCGGUAACUAAUCCAACACAAAACACCUCCUUUCCGCUGCAAUUGAUGGUGUUCUCAAGAAAGCAUUGAAAGUGAAAGUUAACCCUCAACUUUACCGGUCCCUCUCUCUCUGUCACGUCAGCCCCGCGUUGCGUUCCGGUACAGCAAAAAAACGUCCGCCACAUUAGAACCCGAUUCGUUACAUUAUUAUAGGUAUUAUAAUAAUAAUUAUUAUUAUUAUUAUGCUUUUUAUUUAUAAUUCGUUUGUUGUGCUAUGUGUAUUUGCCAUCUGUAAUAGUACCAGCAGUAUUCAUUUAGGAUUUCAUGUAGGUUUUUGGGCUGUGGAAUAAAUUAAUGGAAUUAUAAUGUAUUCUUAUGGGAAAAUCCUGCUCGACAUACGACCAUUUCGACUUACAAACAAGGCCCUGGAACGAAUUAACUUUGUAUGUAGAGGUACCGCUGUAAUCACAACAUACAGUGGAGUAAAUAUGUAUUUAGUCAACCACUAA